GGCUCGCCUAGCUUGAUACCACAUCUAGAUUGAGAUCUAUCUCUGCCGCGGGACGUCCUCACCAGCCACUUCAAAUCACACUUUCAUUUAUUGUUCUAGUGGUGUAGGCUUGCCUUAUUUCUCUGCCAGCGACUCGGAAACUGGGGGUUUAAUUUUGGGCAUACUAAACAGGAUUGUAAGAUCAGAAAGAAGUCUUGUUCCCUGAGACCUCUUGGGUGCACAUUUCAUAAUUUCCUUGUCAUGUAAUUAGUUUCAAAAUUGUGUCUUCUUAAAACAAGAAAUCCACUUGGGACAGAGAGACUUGCUAUUCACACUAAAAGGUUGACGUCACGCAAAGCUCAUGAGCGCCGAAACUAAAGAACAAUAACUCUUCGUGGAGCGAGGAUUGUAAGACAUUAAAAACUGAGACAGAUCCACUUCAGGUCUGAAACACAGACAUAGGCUUUUGUGUGUGUGUGUGUGUGUGCGCCUUGACUGCUGCUUGUGGUCGAUUCCAAUUGACAUAGGAGUUAAAUUCCCCGCGCUGGUAAGAGGGGGGUCUGAAAUGUAGUGAUCUAGAUCUAGAUUUCAAGGCGACGUGUCUUCACAUUACUCUCAAAGCCCUUUGGCUCACUUGAAACUAAGACCUUAUGAAAACGUCAACUUCGCUGAGCCUUAAGUGUUAGAGAUUAUGACAUCUUCACAUAUUUAAUGACAUAUCAACUCGCGAUUAGUGAUGGCUGAAGAUAAAACAAGAAAAUGUCAAAAAAAGAAGUGCAAGGAAAGAGCUGGAUAAGGCAAGGUGCGACCAGAACCGUGACAUAGAGCAACAAAAAUAGUUCAUCAAGUUUCCCCCACCCCCAUCACUUUAGGGCUCCUAUAAAUCUGUUAAAACCUCAAUGCCAGAGAUCUACAUCUACCUAGCCAUUACCUGAACAAGAAAUCUGUGUUACAAUUUCAAGGCAAAAAGCCUCCCACGUCUCCCCCUCUCCCUUUCAUAAGUAGCACAAGUUGUCAAGGGGGAAAAAAAGUUAUGCCAUGAUUGUCCUGAAAUGUAGGAAACUGAGGAAUGGUGACCUGGAGACACUGCAGUAUGAAUGACUAACAUGCUUUGGUUGAGUGCAGUCUUAUACCAGCUGAUAGUCUACGAAUGUUUAGUCCGCACCGUCAGAGCUGGAGCUAGAGUCAAAAGAACUAUUAUAGGCCGCUACCCGGUGUGUCCAAGAGGUUGCACGGCUUGUUCCCCUAUCAAUGGCUGUGUUUCCUGUGAACCCCAUCUCUUCAUGUUCUUACACCGAGAGAACAUGCGAGAAGUUGGACUAUGUACUCCUUCUUGUCCCAUUGGAUUUUAUGGAGUGCGGCACCAGUACUUCAAUAAAUGCUAUAGAUGCCACAUUGAGCAUUGUUAUAGCUGCUUUAGUCGCCAGUACUGUACGCUGUGUGAGGAGCCCUACUUGGUCAACGAGGGGAGAUGUAUUGAACACUGCCCGCCAGGACAGUUCUAUGCCAACUUUACAAGGGAAUGUAAAGACAGAGUUGACUGUCUGCCGGGUGCCUGGUCACCCUGGUCUGAAUGCUCAAGGCUCAGUCAAAAUUGUCAUAACAGGAGAGGCAGACAGAUUCGCACAAGACCUGUACUUCAAGAUGCCUCGCCCAAUGGAAACCCUUGUCCAGACAUGAUCGAAACCCAGCCUUGUCGUCUGCCACUGAGACAUUGUGAUGGAGGUUGUAACAGCAGACGGACACACACAUGGAAAAAAAAACAAAGGAUUGAGCGACGACGAAAGAAGAAGAAGCAAAAGAAUAGAAAGAAGAAGAAGAAAGGCAAGAAGCCGUUGUGGGGCAGGCGAGUGGACGCUCGAGGUGGAAGCGGUGGAAACAGGAGCAGGGGAGGAAACUGGAAAGGGAACGAGAAAUUCGGACAACGUUCCAGACAGCUGCAGCAAAACAGAACUUGUCGUUCCUGUGGUCGCAGUUGUAUGAGAAGACGAGGCAAAAAACUUAAGGCUGGCGUUUCAGUUGCAAUUAGACACGAGUUCUCCCCAGUUUAACAUGCUACAGGAGUGCCAGCUACAUAAUAAUGACCCCUAGUUGUAUUCUUCCUACGUAGUCUGUGUUUAGAUUCAAGUGUGAAUGAAUGAAGCUGUAAAUAUUUGUAGUAUUCAAAAGAAACAACUAGGAAAUAUGUUUCAAUAUAUUGUUUACAAAUCUAAUGUGAGAAGAGAUAUUUCACUGCUUUUGCCAUUUUCUUUUUUUCAAUAUCCACACUUGCCCAACGUUUUGAAAUCUUAUGUCGUAAAAUCAAAGAACUUCAGAUUUUCAUUAUUUGUAUUUUGCGAUUCUUUGCAUACAAAGUUUUUUAAAAAGAUGUUUUAAAGGAUUUUUUACAUAUAGAUCUAUGAAUGUAUCAGUUACUUAUAAUAAUAUAUUUAUCUAUUUUGCAUUUUGUAUUCAUGUAUUUUGGUUCAUGCUUUAGAUCACCCCUAGAUUGAAAAACAAUUUUCUAAAUACAAAGGGUGGACUUAUUGAAAGAGGACCAAACUCGCAGUAGUACAUUUUUAUACCUAUGAAGCAUAAUCAAUAAAAUACACCAUCCAGACUAGUUAUGUUUAUAAGCAAUUGUAUAGUCAAUGUAUAUCCAUGUAUUGCAUAUAAAUGUAUUUAGACAAUGACAUCCGAUUCUUUACUUUUUUCCAAGAGGCACAUAGCAGCGAAGCUCAGUCAGAACGAAGGGACGUAAUCACCAGAGGAGCAGACGCAGGUUAUCUCCCUCUCUAUUUCAUCUUCGUCCUGUUCCUGUUCCUUCUUUUCAAUGCACACAUUUCUCAAUGGACG